AUGCAUGAGAAUAAAAUGGAAGUCGAUGCUCCGUCUUCCUCAGGUCUCAACGUUCUUGAUCCAGUAAUACCAACGAUGAGUGAAGAAAUGCUAUCUGCAGUACGUCGUGAGAGCCCACAAGAUGCUUCUUCCUUUCAUAAUUGUAACUUUCGUGUUUUGUCGCAGUACGUCUCUAUCACUGAUGUAAACUUCAAAGAACAAUCAUUUUCUGUCUUUACGGAGCUUUCACUUGCACCAUUACACCCUGAACUGCGACAAAUUUGCCUCAAUGUUGGUCCAGAUGUUAUAUUGCCAAAUGAAUUCCCAGAAGGUGUUACCGGCCGAGUUACUGUAAACGACGAAGAUGUAGAAUAUAUUCGAAAGGAUCCUCUCAAAAUAUUGAGUCACAAAGCGGAACAAAGUUUGCACAGGCUUUCACAUGAUAUGUACGAUGAGCUAGAAGAUUGUGAGGGUGAACUUUUAAUUAGUGUCCCAGAAAGCUGUUAUAUACUUAUGGAUGAACAAAAGGUUAUCAAAAUUGCAAUUGAUGUUAAAGUUGUUAAUCCGAAGCAUGGUAUACACUUUGUUUGUUCAUUUUCUGAUGACGGUACUUUGGAGAGUGGUGCACAUAUGUACACUUAUAGAUCAUGUACAUUGUCGAGUACUCGUCACUGGCUGCCUUGUCUGGAUACGCCUGAUCAGUUAUGCUUAUGGCGAAUCGAAGCAACUGUUGGUCUUAUGUUUACAGUAGUUGCCAGUGGUGAACUAUUUGAUACGGAGUAUACAACCGAUUUACAAGAAAAAAUUUAUCAUUAUCAACUUUUAGUACCAACCUCUGCGAUUAAUAUCGGUUUUGCGGUUGGUUCUUUCACGCCAGUUGUGCAUCCUGAUAUGCCUGAAAUAACAAGCUUCGCACUACCGUCCCUAUAUCCUCUCGUAAAGCAUACAACUGCAACUAUUGAUCGAGUUUUUGAAUAUUUUGAAGAGCUCCUCUCUUGUCGAUUCCCGUUUUCAUCCUACAAACAAGUUUUCGUUUAUCAAGUUCCCGAUGAAGUUACAGCUUACACUGGUUUGUCAAUACUCUCGCUUACCUUAUUAUAUCAUAAGAAAAUUUUGGAUGUUGUUCAAAUGACGCGUCAGUGCCUUGCUUAUGCAGUAGCGCAACAAUUCUUCGGAUGUUUUGUUACCUCAACAUGCUGGUUAGAUAUCUGGCUCGUUUCAUCGCUUGCAAGAUCUGUCACCGGCAUGUUUGUAGAGCGAUUCUUCGGUUUUUCUGAAAAUCUCUUCCAGAUCAAUAAAAUGCUGAAUUGUGUUUCCGAUUAUGAAACACGUUGGGGAAAGAUUAUUUUGCGUCCCUCAAACACGAACUACAAGCAGUAUUUACAUUUUGAUCCAAGAAAUCCAUACACAUGCUCUCCUCUCUAUGUAGAUGCUUUAUUCAAGAAAGGACAUCUUGUCAUGCGAAUGCUUAACCAACGUUUAGGCAAGGAACCGUUUUUGCAGGUCAUACAGAAAAUUCUGAGUGUAGCGAUGCAGGCAAGCCAACUGCAGAAGGAGCCAGCUAAUUGGCAGCAUAUGACCGUUUCAACGGAAUCGUUUUUUCGUACCGUUUCCAGUGUUACUGGCCAAGAAUUGCCAACAUUUCUGGAGCAGUGGAUUCAUAAUGGUGGACAUGCAAAAUUUUGGGUGCAAUAUGCUUUUAAUCGUAAACGAAAUAUGAUUGAACUUGAAGUAAAGCAAGAACCUUCUGCGAAUCGUGGAAGGCAAAGUUAUGUUGGUCCAUUAAUUGUUGCGGUUCAAGAAUUAGAUGGAUCGUUCACGCAUACUGUGCAGAUUGAUUCCAAUCAUUCCAAGCAUGAUCUUCAAUGCCAUUCAAAGGGACGAAGGCAAAAGAAGAAGAAAAUUCCACUUUCGACUGGUGAAGAACUUGAAAUUGAUCUCGCAAAUAUGGAUCCUGACUCUCCUGUCCUUUGGAUCAGGAUUGAUCCUGAUCUACUUUUGCUGCGAAAAGUUAGCAUUCAGCAACCGGUUUAUCAGUGGGAAUAUAUGUUGAAAUAUGAACGGGACGUCUUGGCACAACUUCAAGCACUUGAUAUUUUACAACGUUUUCCAAGUCCACAUGCUAGAGUCGUCCUUAUUGAAACCAUCGAAACCGAAGUUUUCUUCUACCGAGUGCGAUGCCGAGCUGCAUAUGUUCUAGCAGAAGUCGUGAAUAAAUUGCCAGAAACAUGGCUGGGUCCACCGGCCCUGAUGAUUUUGUUCAAGAAAUUAUUUGGUUGUAAAUCUGCGCCACAUAUUCCAAAACCAAACAAUUUUGUAGCUACUUCCGCAAGUUUGCAGCUAUACUUCUUGAUGCAUGCAAUACCUCAAGCUUUAGCACGAUUGCGUUCUCCUUCAAAUAAUAUCCCUUCAGAAGUUCAUCACUUUCUUAUUGGUUUAGUUAAAUAUAAUGACAAUACUGUGAACAGGUACUCGGAUGACCAUUAUCGAGCAUCACUUAUAAACUCGUUAGCUGCUACACUGGUACCAGCUGAGAGUAGGGAUGUUACAAAUAUGAGCCCUCUUUCUCUGAGUACGAAUAUGAAGGAAUUGUUGUCUGAAUUCACCCUUGCUUUAAAUAUGGAUACACUGAAACCUAGUUUUGGUCGUAUUAUUGGAAUUACUGCACUUCAAGCUAUAUAUCACAUGCAGCGAACAUUUCAUAUACCACUUGAUUCCAAAGUAUUUUGGUCUUUUGCACAGCCCAAUAUUUAUGUGCCGAUGCGUCUCGCAGCGCUGACAUUUCUGGUAGACAUGGUUUAUCGACAUAAAUCACCAUCUUUCGUUGGUGAUGUUAUCAAUAGAUUAAUAGAUUUAUGCAUCAAUGAUAAUGAGCCGGUUGUACGCUACUAUGUUGCAUCUCAGCUAUCACUUAAACCACCACUUUGCAUCAUUUUGGGCGCUGAAGGCGAUACAAUAUGGAAGUCAUUAUCGCAUGACAUAGCUAUCAAAUUAUGGGCCCAGAUCAGUGAUACUAAAACGGAACCACGUUUACGUGGUCAUUACAUUGACCUUUGGUUUACGAUAUAUGGCAAUGAUGUACCGCUGUUAUUGAAACCAGCUGACGAAGUCGUGGAGAAGAAACCAGCAGCACGUAAUAUUCAUAUCACAAACAUCAGAAAUGGCACGGAUGAUUUGUUAAAUUCAUGGUCGUGGCAUGGAACUAUAAUGGAUAUAGAUGAACCCGAUUCACCGACUGAAAAGUUGACAAGUGAAAUGAACGAUGACACUCUUCAGUAA